GCCAAGCUCGUCGAAGCUCGAAACCCUAAAGUUCUGAAUCGAUCCUGAUCGAAUCGAAGACCGUAUCGUUUCUGGAUUGGCUGAUAGCUACUCGUUAAACUCGAAAUCGUAAUCGGAAUGGGCGGUACGGACGCGAAGGACAUCCUCGGGUUGCCGCGGAAGACUCCACUGUCUUUAACUCAGGAGAAGAGAUCUCGACCCCGGAAGGAGUCCCAUCGAAAACCCGAUGGCAUUUCUCGCGAGGUUUAUGCGCUUACGGGCGGCGUUGCCUUCAAUUGAUUAAAACGACCUCAAAUUUAUAGAUUUUAGAUGAUUUAUCUGUGGGUUUUGAUGUUAAAGAACCCUUCUUUCUUUCAGGUAGCUUGGCAAUGGCUUCCCGUUAAGAGUUCUGCUAGGAGUGAUGAUUUGCAGCUCUUCCAUUGGGUUAGAGUGGUUAAUGAUGUUCCACCAUCAGUCAGUUGAUGUCCUGAAAUACACUGACGAUGAGUAUGAGAACCAUUUAACGGACCCUGUGUGGACCAAGGAAGAGACAGAUCAGUUGUUUGAAUUGUGUGAAAGGUUUGAUCUCCGUUUCACUGUGAUUGCUGAUCGCUUUCCAUUAUCCCGGACUUUAGAGGAAUUGAAGGAUCGUUACUAUAGUGUAACUCCGGGCCCUGCUGCGUGCUAGAGCUCAGUGUUGGCAAACCAUCCUCUUAUAAAGGUUCCAUGUAUAAAAUCUAUCUCACAUCAAUUCACAACUUGUGUCCUUUUAUGGCCUGGUUUUGAUGUGUCACGUAAUUUCAGCUACAGUAUAAAGAAUCAGAAGGUUCAUCACACCGUGAAGGGACAUAUGCCGCAAUGCCGGAUACUCCAAAGGCCAGCAUCAUAACUUGAAUCGUCAAUUCUUACUGCAGUUUCAUCCUUAUAUGGAUAUAUUAUCUCUAAUCCUUUGUGUAUGAUCAGGAUCGCAUCUGAGCCAUUCAGUUUUGGAGCUGAAAGACCAAUCAAGAAGGAACAAAAGCGCAAGGUAAUCCAGAUCAGAGUCUAGUCUUUGUAUCAUAUAUAUGGAUUUCUAUGAAAGUAUAUAAACCCUACACGGUCCUGGAAGACAAUCAGAUACUCCUUCACCAGCUCAUAAGAGGCCCAGAAAAUUGAGAGCAUCUGAUCUCUAACUGCAAUACUGAUUUCCAAUUUUAUGUAUGUGUAAUUUGCAAUUUUCAGUCACAAUGCACUAUUUGUCAGUUUAUAAAAGGAGUAAAUUUAAAACAUUAACGUAUAUAAUUUUUUUUGUUGCA